AGCCAGAUCGUCGAUGUGUACGUCCGUGUAACCGGAGGUGAAGUCGGAGCCGCCAGUUCUCUAGCUCCAAAGAUCGGUCCUCUCGGUCUCGCACCGAAGAAGAUCGGAGAAGACAUCGCCAAGGAGACGGCCAAGGAAUGGAAAGGGCUCCGUGUCACAGUGAAGCUGACUGUUCAGAACCGUCAGGCUAAGGUCACUGUCGUCCCAUCAGCUGCAGCUCUCGUCAUCAAGGCGUUGAAGGAGCCGGAGAGAGACAGGAAGAAGGUGAAGAACAUUAAGCACAAUGGUAACAUCUCAUUCGAUGAUGUGAUUGAGAUUGCUAGGAUAAUGAGGCCAAGAUCUAUCGCCAAGGA